AAUACACAAUAAUAUUGUAACCUAAGGUGUCUCUUUUGUCCCAAAGGUCAAUCGCAGACUAGGUGUUACCAAACACAGACACAACACAACACAGUGCUCUGUUGCUACUUCUACUUGCCGGCGGCACCUACUUCACCGAGAAGAGUGUUCCAACACAACACAACAUUGCCAAAAUGACAAUUUCACCCUCUCUGACCUUAACACCCACCACCCCGAGAAUCACCGCAACAACCCACACUUCCCACACUUCCCACCCCACCUAUCUCAAACUCAAUCCUAUUUCCAGACCUUCCCCUCUACGCGCCUUCCUCCCCCUCACAUCACGCGCCCCCACUCGCCGCUGCCCCUCCACCCCCGCAUGCCUCUUCACCGGCAUCGUGGAGGAAAUGGGCACGGUCAAGCAGCUGGGCAUCUCCCCACACGGCGGCGUCGACCUCAAAAUCGCGGCCUCCACCGUCCUCGAUGGCGUAAACCUCGGCGACAGCAUCGCCGUGAAUGGCACGUGCCUGACCGUUACAGAAUUCGACACCAAAGUCGCCGACUUCACGGUGGGCCUGUCGCCGGAGACGCUCCGGAAGACCUCCCUCUCGGAAUUGGAGCCUGGGUCGGCGGUGAACCUGGAGCGGGCGGUGACGCCGGCGAGCCGCAUGGGCGGGCACUUCGUGCAGGGUCACGUGGACGGCACGGGGGAGAUCGUGUCGAAGAUUCCAGAAGGAGAUUCGCUCUGGGUGAAGGUGAAAGCUGAUAAGGGGUUGUUGAAGUACAUUGUGCCUAAAGGGUUCAUUGCUGUGGAUGGGACUAGUUUGACUGUGGUCGAUGUGUUUGACCAUGAAGAGUGUUUCAAUUUCAUGUUGGUUGCUUACACUCAGCAGAAAGUGGUGAUUCCUCUGAAGAAUGUCGGAGAAAAAGUGAAUCUUGAGGUGGAUAUUCUCGGCAAGUAUGUUGAGAGGCUUCUCGCUAGUGGUUUUGCUUCUUCCUUUGCUGAUAAAUAAUAAUUCUCGAUCGUCACAUGCUUGAAAAUGUUGAUGGUUUUGCAUGAUGUUUUGCUUUAGUUCUUCAUAAGGUGGUCCUAAUAUGGCUAGGUUAAGAACUUAAUAACAGGAUCAGGCAUUGAACUGGAAUUAAAUGUAUAAUUUAAUUUGUAACAUUUUAUGUUCAUUACGGAAUUAAUUCGGUGGGUAAACGCUUGACUUUGUUGUUGAGCUUAUGUGGUGUGAGUUUCUUUAUUCUUGUAUGUCUGUUUGUCUUAUAAAUUUUGUCAAAUAAGUGGAAUGAAUGAUUUAUAGAA